AUGUCCAUCCCCAGCACCUGCCGGAUGGAUCGGAUGCUCCUGGGCUCCUGCGCCCUCAUCCUGGCUAUCUGUCACUCUCUGGUGGGAGGAGCCUCGUGGUCCUACACAGGUGACCACGGCCAGGAACACUGGCCAGAUUCCUUCCCUGACUGUGGUGGAACUGCUCAAUCUCCAAUCAAUGUAAAGACAGGAGAAGUUACCUACAACGGCUCCUUACCCCCUAUAAAACCAGUCGGAUAUAGCACCCACGGAGACUCCACUUUCACCCUCACCAAUAAUGGUCACACAGUUAAGCUCUCCCUGCCAUCCUCAAUGCGCCUCCUCGGCCUUCUCAACAAUUUCACUGCUGUACAACUCCAUUUGCAUUGGGGGAGCGAGGAGCACCCAGGAGGCUCUGAGCACCACAUCAAUGAUCAAGAAUACCCUGCAGAGUUGCACAUCGUCCAUUACAAUGCUGACCAAUUCAUCGAUAUUAAUGAAGCC